AGUCAGAGCCAAAAGUUGGAAUUUUAUUGUUUGUCAGUGAGUAGUUGGUGAACAAGAAUAUCAAACAGCAAAAAAUCCAUCAGCAGACCAAAAUACCCAUUUAACUUCUAGCCAUUUUUUAAUAAAAAGCUUCAACCUUCAAGUCCAAUUUUACAUACCCAUUAAGUAGCUAGUGGAAAAGCUUCAAUCUUUAACUCCAAUUUUUACAUAUCCAUUAAGUAGCUAAAGGAAAAAUGGCAGUAGUAGAUGAUGAUGAUCAUGAGCAACAAGUUAAGCCACCACAAGAAAAGAAGAAACCAGAGUCUGAGGAUGAUAAAAGAAGGAAAAAGAUUGUUCCUGGAAGUUUGAUGAAAGCUGUGGUGAGGCCUGGUGGUGGUGAUUCAAGACCUGCUGAGGGUGAUCAGGUUAUAUAUCAUUGCACAGUUAGAACACUGGAUGGAGUUACAGUUGAAUCAACACGGUCAGAAUUUGGAGGCAAGGGUACCCCAAUAAGGCAUGUUUUGGGAAAGAGCAAGUUGAUUUUGGGAUUGCUAGAGGGGAUUCCGACAAUGUUGAAGGGUGAAGUUUCAAUGUUCAAAAUGAAACCUGAAAUGCACUAUGGAGAGGAGGAUUGUCCAGUUGCAGUUCCAAAUAACUUUCCUAAGGAUUCUGAGCUUCAUUUUGAGAUUGAGCUGAUUGAAUUCUCCAAAGUCAAGGUGAUAACUGCUGAUCUUGGAGUCCUAAAGAAGGUUAUAGAAGAAGGACAAAGCUGGGAAACACCUCGUGAACCUUACGAAGUAAAAGCUUGGAUUUCCGCAAAGUCGGGGGAUGGGAAAGUGAUUCUACCGCGGACCCAGGAUGAACCAUAUUUCUUCACAUUUGGUAAAUCUGAGGUACCCAAAGGUCUCGAACUGGGAACGGGGACCAUGUCACGUGGAGAGAAAGCAGUGAUUUACGUUAAAAGUCAAUAUUAUACAGAAUCACCUCUAAUGCCUGUGGUAGAAGGUGUUGACGAAGUCCAUUUCGAGGUUGAACUUGUCCAUUUUGUUCAGGUGCGAGAUGUGCUCGGAGAUGGACGCCUCAUAAAACGCCGAAUUCGUGAUGGAAGAGGUGAAUUUCCUAUGGAUUGCCCUCUGCAAGACAGUCUACUGCGUGUACACUACAAAGGAUUGCUUCUUAAUGAAGAAAAGACGGUAUUCUAUGAUACAAGAUUUGACAACAAUGGUCAGCCUUUGGAGUUCAGCUCUGGAGAAGGGCUUGUACCUCAAGGGUUUGAAAUGUGUGUUCGUUUGAUGUUGCCUGGAGAGAUAGCUCUCGUAACAUGCCCACCUGAUUAUGCUUAUGACAAAUUUGAAAGGCCAGCUAAUGUUCCUGAAGGUGCUUGCGUGCAGUGGGAAAUUGAGCUUCUUGACUUUAACACAGCGAAGGACUGGACUGGUUUCAGUUUCAGAGAAAUUAUGGAAGAUGUAGAGAAGAUCAAAGGCACGGGUAACAGGCUUUUCAAGGAAGAGAAAUUUGAACUAGCGAAAGCAAAGUAUGAGAAGGUGCUUCGCGAGUUUAAUCAUGUUCAUCCUCAAGAUGACGAGGAGGGAAAGGAAUUUUCGAACACUAGGAAUUUGUUGCAUCUUAAUGUUGCUGCCUGCUUUCUGAAACUGGGAGAGUAUAAGAAGUCAAUUGAGGCGUGCAAUAAGGUGUUAGAUGCAAAUCCUGUUCACGUGAAAGCUCUCUAUCGACGUGGAAUGGCCUACAUGGCUUCUGGAGAUUUCGAAGAAGCAAGAGCUGAUUUUAAUAAGAUGAUGAGCAUCGACAAGUCAUCCAAGGCGAGUACUAAGGCAGCACUUUUGAAACUGAAAAAGGAGGAACAGGAAGUCGAGAGGAGGGUUCGUAAGCAAUUUAAGGGGCUGUUUGACAAAAGACCUGGUGAGAUUGCAGAAGUCGGGACUAAUGACGGAGGGGAUGAUGCUAUAGGUGAAAAUCUUGAGAAAGACGAUCUUGACAAUUUAGACGGCCAUGAAGAGAGAACUCAUCAGACAACAGCGCCUCCACCUCGCUCAGGUAUUUUGUCCCAGUUGAGAAAGCUUUUCACAUCUGUUGGCCUGAACCGGUGCACCAUAUUGUGAGGAUUCAAAACCACGAAAUCCCCACAACAAUCUCUCAACAUCGUGUUGUUUACACUCUAGCCUUGAGAGCCAAGGUGUUUUAAUCAGUUUCUCCUAAGAAAACAUAGUCCAACCGGCAAAAAUUGGCGGUGAUUGUUCACUGUGAUAGCACAAAAUAAACUGAUAGGUGAGAAAACAGAAAAGAAAGAACUUUAUCUUUGACAUAGAUGAUGUUGCUGGAGUUGUUGGUCCUGAAAAUGGGAUUUUCCUUUCUACCAAUGAGGCCAGUGUAUAAGAAUUUUACAAACUAUAGCUCUGUUGAGGAUAUACUAAAUGACUAAUCUGAAUCAUUACAACUUCCAGUUUACUUUCUUCAA